AUGGAGACCAACCAAGCAACUGAAAAGCUUGUGCCAUGUCGGCUUAAGGAAUCAAUUGGUGAAACUUGUUGUAUCUUCAGAGCUCCUCCCCUUCUCUUGCAAACCAACCCUCUAGCAUUCAGACCUAGUAUAGUAUCUAUUGGUCCAUACCACAGCGACGACGAAAGGUUGCAAAUGAUUCAGCAACACAAACACCGAUUUUUGGAACUAUUUAUGGAAACAGCAAAUCAACAAGGCGGAUCUAUAUCCAUGACGUUUUUGGAAACUAUUGUGGGCGAUUUGGAGAAAGACAUAAGAGACGCUUACUCUGAGCCUCUUCAGCUAAGUAGAGAAGAGUUGGUGAAGAUAAUGGUUCUCGAUGGCUGCUUCGUUUUGAUGGUGAUCUUGGUGGCGUCAAAACAUGUGAGUUUGACCAACCCUAAUGACACCAUCUUCACACUUCCAUGGAUUGUUCCGACUCUUAGGGUUGAUCUCCUCCUCCUAGAGAACCAGGUGCCUUACAUGCUCCUGGAGACUCUCUUUGGGAAACUGGGAUUUCCUGCUUAUGUUGAUCCGAAGAGAUUGACAUGCAUCUUCUUUGAGUCGUCGCUGGGAUAUAUAUGUCUGAGAGAAUGUUGGAAAACGCUGCAGAUAUUCAACCGAGACAUCUUCUUCAUCUGA